AUGGCUGUAAGCAUUCUAUAUAUGUUUCUAGCCAAUUAUAUGGGACAAAAUAUAAUAGACCACAAUAAUCAUGUGUUUCUUACUGCGUACAAUAUUCAAUGGUAUAGAAUGCCAUUACAUAUACAAAAAGUAAUAUUAUUCUUAUUGCAAAGGGACACCAAGAAAUUCGUUUUAAACGUCGGUGGAAUAUUUGAAGGAUCCGUUGAGCAUUUUGCUACGGUAAAGCAUUUACUGGCGCAACUUCAAAAUGUAUACAAUAAACUACAAGAUGAAUAUGAAAACGCUAUUAUGGAAAAGUAUGGCUAUAUUGGGAAAUGUUAUACUACUGCACUUACAAGUAAGACAAUAUUUUUGGAUGUUUGCAUUUGGUUAUAUCUCUUCUUGUUAAUAAAGCUAAGGCUUCAUUAG